UUUCAUACUGAUUCUUCAUUCCUCCAACAUGUUGUGUUUCUAUGACUGGAAUGAGUUCUGGACUGAACUGUCAGCCUUGAUCCAAACUUUCUCACCCAGAACUCUUCUGAUCUAUUACACUCAUGCUCUGAUAGGUGUGGAAUGAAAUGGCGUCUCGAGCACUGUACUCGCCUAGGCAUCCAGUGCUGAAGAAGCGGGAUGAUUUUGAAGAUGUUCUGGAAGAGAGAAGACGCUCCAGUGAUCUGAGAUAUGCAUUGAAAUGUUACACUCCCACACUCUAUAAAGGACUGGUGCCCUGCAAGGUCAGCAUGCUAAAAAGCAUUGUUCUGCAGUCAGAUCACCUGCAGUAUGUCAUUAAACAGGUUUCAUCAGAAUCAGGAGACAGCACCGAGUGUGUUGCGGAGGAAGCGUCUCUGAUUCUGGAUGAGAUGGCUCACCGUAUGGAGCUCAGCACUGUACGCUUCUUUGUCUUUACGCUCAGCAAAGCCUUCAAGAGACUCUUCCGCAGCGUGUGUGUCAACGAGGAGGGCAUCCAGAGACUCCAGCAGGUUGUACAGGAACACCCCGUGGUUCUCCUGCCCAGCCACCGGAGUUACAUGGACUUCCUGAUGCUGUCCUACGUACUCUUCAUGUUCGAUCUUCCCCUGCCGGUGAUUGCGGCUGGAAUGGAUUUUAUGAGCAUGAAGUUUAUUGGUGAGAUGCUGCGUAAGUCGGGGGCUUUUUUCAUCCGCCGGUCGUUCGGAGGUGAUAAACUUUACUGGGCUGUGUUCUCUGAGUAUGUGAAGACCAUGCUGAGGAAUGGAUAUGCCCCAAUAGAGUUCUUCUUGGAAGGAACUAGAAGCAGGACGUGCAAAUCUCUCACACCAAAGACAGGGUUGUUUAAUAUUGUGAUGGAGCCGUUUUUUAAAGGAGAGCUGUUUGAUGUGAACCUGGUUCCUGUCAGCAUUAGCUAUGAGAGAGUUCUGGAAGAGUCUCUGUACGCCCGAGAGCUGCUCGGCGUCCCCAAGCCCAAAGAAUCGACCUCCGGUCUGCUGAAGGCCCGGCGGGUCUUGAGUGAGGACUAUGGCAGUAUGCAUGUGUAUUUUGGUAAUCCUGUAUCUGUGCGCAGUCUGGCAGAGGGAAAGAUAAAGCGGUCUCAGUACAACCUGCUGCCCAGGUAUAUUCCACAGAGACCUAGUGUGGACACUCAUGAGUUCCUGAACGACGCUGCGUUCCGUCUGGUGCGCAUCCAGGAGGAGAACAUGGUUCUGAAGCCCUGGGUUCUCAUCGCCACACUGCUGCUACAGAACCCUGACGGCCUGGAGCUCUCCUCCCUCACAGAUCACACAGACUGGCUCAGACACCUGGCACUGGCGUUUGGAGCGUUCCUGGACUGGCCCGAUCACGAGGUCAGCAGUGAAGUGGUCAGCAGUAGUUUAGCUCUACACAGACACCUGUUGAGUGUGUCUGCAGGCCACGUUCAGCUGAGCGUCGCGGAUGCGCCGGGGGUCGAGAGCACACCAGAGGAAGCCGUGUUUCACCGAGCGGUCGUUGUGCUCUCUUGCGCCUCCUACAGGAACCAGAUCUUACACGUGUUUCUGAGACCUGCUCUCUUAGCGUUGGCCAUGCAAAGCGCAAACUCUAAUAGAAAAGAUGACGUCUACAACUGUUUCAACUUCCUGAGGAACAUGUUCUCCAAUGAAUUUAUUCUUUGCCCCGGGGACUCUGUUCAGGACUUUGAAGAAGCGUGUUAUUUGCUCAUGAAGCGUGGCGUGUUGCAGGUAUUGGAGCAUGAGAUUGUGAUGUCAGCGAGCGGUCACAGCACGCUUGCUUUCCUCUGUUCGGUUCUGGACCCCUUCCUGCAGGGAUACCAGGUGGUGUGUCGCUGUCUGUGUGAGGAGACCAACGAGAACCUGACAGAGAAGGAGUUUAUUCCUGCUGUGAGGAGUUUUGCACUCAAACUCAUAUUAGCAGGUCGCCUGAAGUGUUACGAAGCUUUAUCCUCAGACCUGCAGAAGAACGCUCUAGCAGCCCUUCUGAGGCUCAAAGCCGUGGGGAAGGUCAAAGUAGAAGAUCAGGUGACGUUGAAGGUCAACAAGAUUGCAGUGAACUCAUUGGAGGAUAUGAUGGGAGGUAAAAUUCCUACCCAGAAGCCCAUCCUCGCUCGACUGUAGUCGCGAACGCACACGUGGAGUCUCUGGAGAGCCAAACCAAACUAAACUGCCUUCAUUAACAUAAUGCCAAAUUUUGCAAGGUGGCAUGGCUUCGCUGACUACAGAGGUUACCUGUCAUCGAGCUUUAAAGGGACGUCACGGGUUUGCCAUCUGGGACGCCCACGCUGCGCUAGAAGCACUCUUUUUAUCUCUCUCCCUCUCCUACAAACCUGACAGCAGGUUGCCGUGUCUCUGAUCGGCCUUCGAUCCUCACCGUGUCUUUAUCAGACGAGUUUUAAACCGCUCUGAUGUUGCCAAGUAUAUAAAGAGAGUGACACUUGAGAAAUAUUUUUUUUUUUUUUGAGUGUUUGAACAUCUACCGUUUGCGUGUGUUUUAUCUAUGUCUGCACUAAAGAGCCUUGGCUGUUACUGUUUGUUCUCACUGGAUUUGUGGUGGGUCUGUUAUCUUUUCUUCAUGACUUGUCGGAAUUGAACUGUUUUCUUUUGCUCUCUAGAUAUGGCCGUCUGUUGCGUUCGCCAAAGAUCAAGCUUUUUAAGGAUCGUGUUACAGAAAUAGGUCACUCAAAAGUGUGUUAACUCCUUCAGAGCUAAAGAAACGCUUGUCUUUUUGUAUCUGCUCUCUCUCAUAAAGAAACUUGCAGUUAAAAGAAUAGUUCACUCAAAAAUAACAAUUUGCUGAAUAUUCACUCGAGUCAUCAAAGAUGUAGACGAGUUUGUUUGUUCGUCGGAGCAGAUUUGGAGAAAUAUAGCAUUACAGUGCAUAACCAGUGGAUCCUCUGUGGUGAAUGGGUGCCGUCAGAAUGAGAGCCCAAACAGCUGAUAAAAACAUGAUAAUGAUCCACUUUUAAUGUAUAAACUGAAAAUCUGAAUGUUUGUAAUAAAGAAUGUUUUUAACUUGAAACCUUCUCAAGACGUUAAUUAAUGGAGCGGUGUGAUUUUAUCAGCUGUUUGGACUCGCGUUCUGACGGCACCCAUUCACUGCAGGGAAUCCAUGGGUAAGUAAGUGAUGUAAUGAUACAUUUCUAAAAAUCUGUUGGAAAACAAACUCAUCUACAUCAUGGAUAACUUGAUGGUGAGUCAAAUUUCAGCUCAUUUGAAUUUUUGGGUCAACUUUUGGGUUUACAGAACGGCUGUUGUCAUGAGUCAGAUAUGGAGAUGCUUUAUUGCCAUAACAGUGUUUACAUGCCUGUUGUAAACUGCAGCUUUUCUGCUUCAGAAUAAUGCAUAAUGAAUCGACAGGUUUUAUUUGAUGUAUUACUGCAUUGUUUGGAUAUUUCACCCUAUCUUUCAAAAAUUAAUAUGAUGAAAUAUUUGUUUAUUACUACGAUUGAUCAGACGAUACAGAGGCAUGUCGCACGAAACUGCUGAAUCUCUGUUUAAUGCCCCUCUAAUGUUAUUUCAAAACAUUAUAUCCAUUUUAUCAGAUUUAGUCUGUUAAGAAUUAAAUCAUACUGACCCAGAUUUCACUUUUAAAGUUGUGGUGAUGAAGUGUUGGAUACAGCUUUUAGAACUUAACUACAAGGUUUAGAUACAUUUAUAUGCUGCACUUUUUCUAGGAAAAAACUAAAAUCUAUAAUGUGCCCAUUGUGUGAAUUUGAAUGGAAAUUCAGGUAUAUUUUUGAUCAUCAGACGUUGUUGGUCUGUACUCACUGAAUGGAUGAUGCAACCACAAACGCAAGCCAUGAGUAAAGCCAUAGCAUUCAUCCGUUCUGGGUUUGGGUUGAUUCUUGCACAGUUCAUCAUAUUAAGAAAAAAAAAAAAAAAAGCUGAAACCAUAUUUAUGUUUACAUGGACAAGCAGCUUUUUACAUAAUUAGAUGAACUCAUCUUGAAAUGGUUUUCACUCCUUUUGACUUUUGGACAGUUUUGAAAGGUUUUCUUUUUUUCUAUCUAUGGAUUGAGUGUUUUUCUAAUAAUGUUAAUAUUGUGAUUGAACAAUGCUUCUGUCUGAUAAUUUUUUGGAGAAAUGGGACUAAAACUAAAGUUUAAAUAUGCAUUAAAGCCAAGUGAAACCCAAA